AUGGACAAAAGUAACCAAUCCAGUGUCUCUGAAUUCCUCCUCUUGGGUGUCUCUGAGAAGCCAGAACAUCAGCCUCUUCUAUUUGGCAUCUUCCUGAGCAUGUACCUGGUCACUAUGCUGGGGAACCUGCUCAUUAUCCUGGCCAUCAUCUGUGACCCACACCUCCACACCCCUAUGUACUUCUUCUUGGCCAACCUCUCUUUUGCUGAUGCUUGCUUUUCCUCUGCCACAGUCCCCAAGAUGCUGGAGAACAUCCAGACACACAGUCAAAGAAUAUCCUAUCAUGCAUGUUUGGCUCAGAUGCACUUUUUCAUGACAUUUGGGGCACUGGAUGACUUCCUAUUGGGGGUGAUGGCCUAUGAUCGCUAUGUGGCUAUCUGCAGGCCUCUUCGCUACUCCACACUCAUGAGUCCUCUUGUGUGCAUACUUCUUCUCACAGCGUGCUGGCUUCUCACCAGCCUCGCUGCCCUCUUACACACCCUGCUCAUGGCUAGGCUCUAUUUCUGUGCAGACAACACUAUCCAUCACUUCUUCUGUGAUGUGGUCCCUCUUCUGCAGCUCUCCUGCUCAGACACUAGCACAAAUCAGGUGGCCCUGUUCACAGUGGGCUCCACGAUACUCACCGGCCCUCUCUCCCUAAUCAUCCUGUCAUACGCACACAUCCUCUCUAUCAUCCUCAGGGUCCCAUCUGCCUCUGGAAGACAAAAGGCUUUCUCCACCUGUGGGUCCCACCUCACUGUUGUGUUCUUGUUCUAUGGUGCCGCAAUUGGUGUUUACUUGUGUCCUCCUUUACCACAGUCAGAAGGUAAGGAUAGGAUUGCAGCUGUAUUUUACACAGUGGUGACCCCUAUGCUGAACCCCUUCAUCUACAGUCUCAGGAACAAGGAUAUGAAGACAGCACUGAGAAGGCUUUUGAUCUGA